AUGAGUUUCCAAUCUCCGCAAUUCUCCUCUGCGGAGGACUGGCUGAGUCCAAGUAUAUUCAGUCUCAACUCAAAACUUUUUGUCAGGAAUUCAUCCCUGGCGCUCAGGUCAUCGUACCACCUCGUCCUUGGUUCGCAGUCUAUUGCGGCGCAGCUAUGCGCGAAUCUGGUAAAAGCUCCAUUUCGAGCAAACGGGCAGCUCGUGAAACAAGUUGAGCAGAAUAGCCUGCGGAAGCCACCUCGUGGAUCGGAAAGAUAUGCCGCGACCGCACCCAAGACUCCAUAUUCACUAAGGUGUCAGCCCGGCGAGAGUGUCUUCAUCCUAACUAAGGCUAAAAAUGAGUUCCUAAUAUCCGCAAUUCUCCUUUACGAAGGACUCGCUAAGUCCAAGUAUAUUCAGUCUUUUAAAGCCUUUUGCCAGGAAUUCAUCCCCGCGCUCAGGUCAUCGUACCAACUAGUCCAUGGUUCACAAUACGUUGCGGCAAAACUGUGCGUGAAUCUGGUAAAAGCUCUAUUUCGAGUCGACAAGCAAGGCGAAGAAGUCCCAUCUACCCAUAGCGAUCAAGCACCUGCGGCGUCUCGAAUCGCUCAGUCAAGUGCGGCGUUGAAUACUACUGUGACCGUACACGACGACACCUCGUCUGACUCUAGCGAAGAUAUUGAUAUCAUCACGGGAACAGAAGCUCUUAUUUCAAAUGAAAUCAAUGUCCCUUCAACCGCACCUGCGACGUCGAAUGAGAAAUAUACUGAUCGAGUCAUCCCAGAGACGCAGGAUGGGCAGAUGCUUGACGUUAGCAAUGCAAAAAACAUUGACCUCAAAGAAUAUUUGACAAAUGCAUUCUUAAACAAUUUCAAGAUCGCAUACGACGAUAUUGCCGCCGUUACUGCCGCCGUUACAAGUCAUUCCGGCAUCAAACUCGCGAAUUGCUUCUACCUAUAG